AUGAGCAGCCUUGAGGCGCUGACCCGCGCGCACGAGGACAUGAUCGUGCGGCGCGUGGGGAUUCUGGGCGACUGGAUGGCGAAAUCCCACACCUUUAGGGGGUCGGAUGGUCAAGCCUUUACUGGCCUGGCAUCUCUUCUCAUGCGUUGCAUGGGCGUCAACCUUCAAAAGCUCGGAGCGGGUGAGGAAGUGUGUAUGCACUUCGUGGUGCCAUACACACAGGAUGCCCAGGAGGAUUAUCUUAUCUUCGUCCCAUCUUUGGUGCAAAAUCCCCUGCAGCCUCAGGAGGGCAUCUGCAGCCAUGGCCCCGAGUGCGAAUGCAACCAAACCCGGCUCCAGCUGGUGGGCCUGGUUCCAGACAAAGUCUUCCUCGCGGACCCUCUCAGCAUCUUCAACCUCGGAUUGUUGGCCUCUGCUGAGGAAGACGAGCAUCAGGGCAUCGAGGCCUUGUCCCUGGCGUUCGGCAUCCCCUCCAGGCGGAUUCGAGAGAUUUUCGUGGCAGAGGGCUACGUCCUGACACGGGACUACGCCUGCAAGAUCCUGGAGCUCCUGGCUCGGCGGCGAUCACGCGUUCCGACCAUCCUGGUCGGGGAGAGUGGGACGGGUAAGACUCGCGUGCCUUGGCCAACAUCUGCAUAUGGGCGGUUGUCUCGAAAUUGUGGUCCCUUUUGGGGUCAUACGGCAACUAAUAUUUAUGUAGGGUACCCCAAAAGGGAUCAUAAUUUUGACAACCACCCAUAUGAGUUAUCAGUCUACCAUAUUUCUGCACUACGCCCCUCAGCAUCCCUUCACCUCGAUCCUGUCUCAACUCAGCUCACGCUCAUGCCGCGAGGCUCUGGAAAUGCUGACGCGGCUUCUCCUGGAGUGUGA